AUGCUAGAAUUCGACUCGAUGUACACUCAUCCACUUCUCGGCAAGCUCAAAGGCAGCAUCAUCAACAAUAAACUUCUCAGAUUAAGCAAUAUCCCAUACGGACAAGUCAGUCAGCGAUUCAGUCGCUCAACAGUGCUAUCUGAAGCACUUGCUACAGCAGAUGGGAAGCCUUAUGAUGCAACAAGAGUUCUUCCUGCAAGCAUACAGCCACUAGACUCUGCGAGCAUAGACAGCAAAGGCAAUCAAUUCCCUCUGGACGGAGUGAGAGACUUUCAAGAGCCACAGACCGAGGAUUGCCUCAACCUGAACAUUACUCUACCAGCGGAUACCACACCGACCGCCUCAUUACCAGUAAUCGUCUUUGUUCAUGGCGGCGCUUACUUCCUCGGCUCUGGAGGUCGUCCUUAUUAUGAACCAGCCAAUUUCUGCCUUCAAGCUCUUAAAAAUGAACAACCACAUAUCUUUGUGUCCAUCAACUAUCGCCUCGGUGCUCUAGGAUUCUUCCAUGCCGUCACCAAGGAGGAUGGCCUUAUGCCGCCGAACAAUGGACUGCACGAUCAGCUGACGGCUUUUGAAUGGCUCCAGCACAAUCUUCCAGGUUUUGGUGGCGAUAUCAGUAAUAUCACAGCGCUCGGCCAGUCAGCUGGUGGAAUGAGCCUCACGAUACACAACCUGUCAGGUCAAGACAACUUGUGGCGUCGAAGUAUUCAGUUGUCUGGCUCGCUAGUGACUAUGCCAUUCAAGACAUCGGGUGGUCUAUCGAAUGUUGUGUCCAGAGCUCGCGAUGAUGACGGCAACGGAACGAACCUGAGCCUGGACGAUGUUGUUCGACAGCUCAUCUCACGACCAGUAGACAGAAUCAGAGAUCUAGUUUUCGUCGGCGCUCCAUGUGCGUCCAGCGAAGCAGCAAAGGAGCUGUUUCCAUAUCGUGACAUGCUUAGUAUGAGACUCAUGCGAGAUCGUGCACCUGGGUCGGAGAACUUGGAGUCGCAGAUUGUGGGAUCAUGUACGUAUGAUGGAGGCAUAUCAUACAACAUGCUUUCCAGCAACCCAAAUCGCAAAGAUCAUGCGAAUACCUUCAUUGGCAUUGUGCGACAAAGACUGCCUGAAAGAGGGCAAGAGCUGCUCGAGCUCUACGAUAUCAAAGCCGAUCAGGACGACGAUGUGGCGUUGAGAAAGAUCUGCCAAUUCGAAAGUGAUAUUGGCUUCUUCGCUGCUUCUCUCGCUCAAGCUCAAGGGUGGGUGGGUAGAAGCUACCUCUUGCUCUUCGAUCUUGGGAACCCAUUCGAUGGGCCAUUGCCUGUGUGCCAGUACACGACACAUACCUGGGACAUCGUAUCGCUUCUAGGUGCCUAUGAAGAUCGACUGGAUGACCGAUACAAGGAGGUUAUAUCCAACUUCCGAGACAAGAUACUGCGGUACGCAAUCGAUGGCACACCUCCCUGGGAUGUCUGGGAUCCAGACAAAGGAUAUGCGCUUUUGGUUAAUGCAGGCGGCGUCAGGGUUGUCGGAAAGGACGAGUACAUGGCACCUGAUAGUAGACGAGGGAGACUUUUCUCUUUAGCCGAUAGGGUCGAUGGUGACUUGGGCUGUGAUAUUCUAUGGGACAAUUACGUCGGCCUUCCGUCCAAGAAAUGA